AUGGAAAUGAGGUGGAUGAAGCUGAAGAACAAAUUGACCGCACCCUGCUACCAGGUUCUCACUCAAAUGUUUCUCUGGGACUUCGAAAAGAGGCCAGACAUUCACGUCCUCCACAAGUCUAGCUGGUUCGCCAACGGUCAAAACUUCAACAACAGCAGCGCUAAUAAUACUGGAGCCACUUCCCAGCAACAACAGCAGCAGCUCCAACAGCAGCAACAGCAGCUGAUGCAGGCAACGAGUAGCGACCAGUCUCAAUUCUUACAGCUAGUGCAGCAGCAACCACCGUCUCAAAAGCUGAACGUUGUGGCCAUUGACGACGACGAUGAUGACGUUGCUGAAAUCAUGACUGAAGAAGAGGAAGAAGAAGAUGAAGAUGGUGGAGAUGAUGAUGAUGAUGAUGAUGAUGAUGCACUCAGAAAGAACAACAACUGCAAAGUUACUAAUAAUAAUGACUUCGACGAAGACAACGACGAUGAUGAGUUAGAUGAGGAUGAUGAUGAUGACGGUGAUGGUGAUGAUGAGGGCGAUGGUGAUGUUCUUCCAUAUCCAGAUCCUACCAUUCGCUACCAACAUCACCACUACCAACAACAGCAGCAACAACAACAGCCACCCAACAGAAGCUGCACGCGAUACAGACGCAUGAACGGCCAGUCAGCUAACAGCAACAAAUACAUGAACAACGAAAGCAGUAGCAGCUGCAAUAGUAGCCACAACAACCACGACAGGACAGUUAACGCCAACAACAACCCACGCAUCUUCAACUACGACAACGACAACAAAGAAUCGAGCUCAUACAACGGUUAUGGCAGUAGUCAGAUGGGCAUUCAGUAUCUUCCUCUUAGCAAACAUCAUCUGAAACAACAACAACAACUACAACAUCAACAAGAGCAACAUCAACAAUUACCAUAUCAUUGUGUAGGAUCACAGCAGCAACAACAACAAAAGCAUCAGCAAAGCAACAUACCCGUGCUUAAAAUUCAUCACAAUAAUCACACCAACAACAUCAAUAACUUCAAUAAUAAUAAUAAUAACAACAACAACAACAAAAACAUCAAUAACAACAAUAACAAUAACUUCUUAGGGACCGAAAUGGAAAUUAAUGGGGUAAAGACGAGGUCCUACUUUCGUUACAUGGCCAGCCAAUCAAAUAACAGCAACAACAAUAAUAAUAAUAACAACAAUAAUAAUAAUAAAAAUGCCAAUAGCAACAACAACAGCUAUAAAACCAUCCACAACAAUAAUAACAAUUUAAUAAUUCAGUGCAGCAGCAGUAGUAGUGUAAGUUGCAUAAGCAUUCAAAAAGCUUAA